UGGAAUCGCUUUCUCGCUCAACACUAAACUAUGGGAUGUUUGCAAUUAAGCUUUUUUUUUCUUUCCUUUAAAAGUAGCAUUCAGAGCUCCAUAAAGUUAUCUGGAAGUGCCAUGAACCUUUGGAUUGAGAUGGAUGUGCACAAGGCUGCCAGGGCCGGAUAGCUGUUGGCCCAGAUGUGAAGCUUUGUGUUGGCGCUGGGACACAGGAAUGUCAAAGUUUGAGAGACUCUGGCCAGAGUCCUGAUCUCUCCAGAUGGUCACAGAAUAUAAACUGCAGCUGGGAGGCAAGCUCCAGAACCCUCCUAGAGAAACUCUGAGGCUGCGGAAUUGCAUUAGACAAAAAGGAGGAGAUGAGGAAACUUCUGGUGCUGCUACUCCUGACCCUGGCAGCCUUCUGCUAUUGUGAAAGAGAUUCAAAGGACACCUUGGAAUCACACGAUGUUGAAGGUGUUAAGGUAAAAAGAGAAAUGGCCAAUGCCUUUGUGAGGAGGCAGAAGAGGUCCUACCCCUAUUAUGAAAGGUACUAUGAAAUGUACAAGUCCCCAAUGGAGCUGAGGAAGGAACAGUGUGAAAACUACGCCCCCUGUGACUACCUGUCAGAACACGUGGGGUUUUAUGCUGCAUAUCAGCGUUACUUUGGGAGAUUCUGAGGAAGAGGCUGUCCCUUCCCUCACUUGGCUAGGGUCCAGUCUGACCUCCAUAAAGACUGGGGUAGUGGGAGGAAGGAAAGGAAGUAAAAGGGAGACUUAGAAUGGGCCCACUUCAAUUCUGCUCAGCACUGAUGAGAGCACAAUGGCAAAAUUUACCCCAUGUAUCCAUUGUUCAGUCUAAGACUGCUGAACACCAGUUGUGAUCCUUCUACCAGAGGCAUUCCCCCCAUGGCCUCCCAUGGUAUUUUGAGCUUCUUCAGAGAAAGGAAGGUGAGGAGAAUCCAUCUUAUCUGCUUGCCAUGGAAAUUCCAGAGCAAGUGUAGGAAGAGGAGAUUCUUCUGAAGAAACUCAAAAUAUGAUGAAGGGCGGCAGCAAGAACUUUUGUGCUCCCUCCCUUCCCAAAAAAGUACAAGGUGAGGGGUGACUAAUAAGAGAAAUGCAACUGUGUGUGUAUGUGUGUGUGCUAUGGAGAGCAGUGAUCCUCAUGCACCCACUGGAAUCGGGGGGUCCUGCUGCUUCCUGUUGGGGAAGGUUCAGCAGUUUGCAACCACCAGGUUCCGGGGUGGGGUGAUCAGCCCAAGUGUAUGUUAGUAACAAUGCAUGAGCCCCUAAAGGUUUGGUGGGUCCAUUCAACUAAGCACCUUGAUUUCAUAUACUUCACUGAGCUUCUUGGACCUGCAAAAUUGGGGUGGAAAUCUCUGGUGCUUCUGAUGCACCCUGUUUCUAGUCAGGCUGAAAAUACCCGAACAAAAAGCUGUUCCCCGUAAUUAGUUUGGCACUUAUGUUUCUGGUCCUGACUCAAACAAACAAACAAAAAAUGCAGAGGCAGAUGUAAAAAUAAAAAAAAAAGUUAAUUGAACUUUUAUGAAUCGUCAAAAAGAAAAAAGGGGGUCAGUUCAGGGUUGGGUUGGGUUGAAGUUGGGUCAGUGCCAGGUUUAUCCAAAUUGGUUUGUCUAUCCCCAAUAUGUAUCUUCCCUCUUUGCAAAUUCAUGCAGGCAUCUUUUUAUGAGUUUUACGCAUUAGCAACUUUCUGAAAUUUCACCUGUACCAUCAUAUGUUCUGUUCUGUAAGGGAGAUAUCAGGUUCUGUAGAGGAGCAGGUGUCUGCUCAGCAGCAAAAUUCGCAUGUUGGCUGGUGAAAUCAUCCCCAGCUGUUGGCUAUAAUAAAUGCUGGUUAUGUAAAGCA